AUGACGUGCCCGAUGGAUAAGCUGUACCAGUUGGAAUUCAUGGUAAAAACGAUGACGCGGUGCAGCCGACCGGAAGACGAGGGCUGCGGCACAGCCAUCAGCAUCCGGUUUCUGGGCAGCCCAGAUCAGACGGUGUGCGAGAUCCCGUCGCCGGCCGACUGUCCGGCGUCCGGGGUGACCAACGUGAACGCCGGCAACGAGUACACGUUCCCGAUGACCGGCUCCGGCAAGUGCGACCCGCGAUCGUUGCGCGUAUCCGUCCGGCUGCACCGGAUGUUGGGCGCGGACACGUUGCCCGGUCGCGUAGAACUUGCGUCCGGUGACUUGGAAGUGCCGGUGACCGCGAAACCGGACGGACGGCGGCGCCGCCGACCGGACUCCAGCUCCGGCGGUGCGUGCGCUGCUGACUGCGACGACAACGCCGACGACGGCUGCGAGAUGACCGUGCCGAUGACCAGCUGCCACGACGGCCGGACCGUUUCCGUGUUGGUUGUCAAGGCGCGCGUGUGGUGCGUCGGUCCGAUGAUGGCCGCGCCGAUCGCGUGCCCCGUCCCGUGCCCGGCUCCCUGCAAGUCCGCCUGUCCGGUCUCGUGCCCGACACCGUGCAAGGCAACAUGUCCGAUCCCGUGCAAAGCCACCUGUCCGGUCCCGUGCAAAGCCACCUGUCCGGUCCCGUGCCCGGCCCCUUGCGGCGCACGACCGGCCCCCUGUCCCACGCCGUGUCCGGUACCCUGUGGCAGCCGGCCGGCGUCGAAACCGCCGUGCCCGGUGCCCUGCGGCAGCCGCCCGGCGUCUCAGUCCGUGUGUCCGGUCCGCUGCUCGCCGCCGCCUGACCCGUGCUGCCGGAAGAAACCGGCGUCUGCGUGUGACCCAUGCCGGAAGAAGACGAUAGCCAUCCCGUGUUGUCCCACGGGUUGUCCGCAACCACGGCCGUGCCGCCGUCCGUGCUGUUCCACCGCGAUACACGCGCAGUGCCCGCAACAACAAUACGAGACGGUGUCUUGCGAGAUCGACGGAAACAAGAUGGACUUGCGCGUGCGCAAGAAGAACUUCGAAACGUGCUCGGUUCAACGACGGAUCGCCAACGAAGCCGAGGCGUUCGCUUGCCGGGUGAUGGGGGUUGUGAAAGACAUGCACGGUCUCGUCAUGGACUCGACCAAUAACGGAGGCGGUGGCAAUUGA